AUGUGGCGGCGGACGAGAAGGAGAUUCUGUCGUCGGCGUUGUCCCUGAGGAGCCCCUCGGACUACGCCAUCGGCUCCAUCCCCACCGUUCUCUACGUCCCCGACUUCAUCUCCCAGGCUGAGCAGUCCCAGCUCCUCCAUCAUAUUUACCAGGCGCCGGCGCCCAAGUGGAAGACUUUGAAGAACCGGCGGCUGCAGAACUGGGGAGGAGUGGUGCACGAGAAGGGGCUACUGCCGCAGGCAUUACCUCCAUGGCUGACAAAGAUAACCGACAAAAUCUGCCAGUGGACUGGUUUAUUUCCUUCAGCAAUCAAUCAUGUUCUGAUUAAUGAAUAUCAUCCUAAUCAAGGGAUCAUGCCACACCAAGAUGGUCCUGCCUAUUUCCCUGUUGUUGCUAUCAUAUCCCUUGCUUCGCCGGUUGUGAUUGAUUUCACACCCCAUGGAAAGCUCAGAGGGCAUGAAGAUACAUAUCUCCAGACUGUACAAUCCGAUGAAUUGCAGGAGAGUAAUGGUUCCUAUAAGGUUGAAGACACUAAAGAAGCCAAUCCUGCUUCUUUGUCACUUCUACUAAUGCCCUCCAGCCUGUUAAUAUUCAAAGAUCAGGCUUAUACAGACUUUCUCCACGGUAUACAAGAUAAUGAGCUACAUAUUCUAGACAAGGUAAAACAUUUUUCCCUGCAAAUCACUCCAAAUGUAAAUGAUGCAGAUAGUUAAUGUAGCUCUGAUUACGUUCUACAGGUUGCAAAUAUCUCACAGUGCCCACAAUUCAAGAAUCAAAACUCUGAUUACAGAAAAGGUAAAGCAGAUGCUGACUCUGAGCUAACUGGCACCUUCCAGCGGACGAUGACAAGAGUCUCGUUGACGUGCCGGCUAGUGCUGAAAGUACACAAUAAGCUAUUCAAGUUCUAGUAUCCAUACGGCCUGCUUACAUCAGCAUGGACGGUGGGACAACAGUGAGAAACAGUUGUAGUAGAUGCAGAGAAGUUGCUAGCAAAUCAGAGGUUAGAGAAAACAGCAUAUUGCCCAUUUUGGAUCGGUUGUCUUUUGGUCGUUUAGCAUGCCAAGAUGUAAAUUACGCUUGCGUCUCGUCGGCAACCAGUGUAUGGGAGGUGCUUGUGCUUGCAAUUUAUACAAGGUCACAUAUGUUUGUUC